AUGGCGUAUUCUUGCGCCGUGCACGGUGCCUUGUGGAUCGCCGUGGUCACUUUCCUUUGUUGCUUCCGGCAGCGUCGGCAUCCGCGUAGCGCAGGCGAGGACGACGCCGCCUGCCCCGCCAAGGGCUUCUACACCUACGCCUCCUUCAUCCAGGCCGCCAGGACGUUCCCCAAGUUCACCGCCACGGGCGACCUCAGCACCCGCAAGCGCGAGGUCGCGGCCUUCUUCGCGCAAAUCUCUCACGAGACCACAGGUGGUUGGGCGACGGCGCCGGACGGCCAGUACGCGUGGGGCCUGUGCUACAAGGAGGAGAUCAGGCCGGCGAGCAACUACUGCGACGCGACGGACAAGCAGUGGCCGUGCUACCCGGGCAAGUCCUACCACGGCCGGGGCCCCAUCCAGCUGUCCUGGAACUUCAACUACGGGCCGGCGGGGCAGGCGCUGGGCUUCGACGGCCUGCGCAACCCGGAGGUGGUGGCCAACUGCUCCGAGACCGCGUUCCGGACGGCGCUGUGGUUCUGGAUGACGCCGCGCCGGCCCAAGCCGUCGUGCCACGAGGUCAUGGUCGGCGAGUACCGCCCUACCGCCGCCGACGCCGCGGCCAACCGGACGGCAGGGUUCGGGCUCGUCACCAACAUCGUCAACGGCGGGCUCGAGUGCAAUCGCACAGACGAUGCCCGGGUCAACAACCGGAUUGGGUUCUACCAGAGGUACUGCCAGAUCUUCAACGUCGACGCCGGCGCCAACCUCGACUGCGCACACCAGCAGCCGUACUAG